AUGGACCUAUACUUUGAGAUCAAAAAACAACGAGACAAAUUAGAGGCACCGGUGGACAGCAUGGGCAGUUCAUGUGUGGGCCAUGCAUAUCCCAAGGAUAUCAAAAACUUUCAAAUACUUGUAUUCCUUCUUCUCUCCUCCCAAACAAAAGAUGAAAUAACAUACUCUGCCAUUGAAUCUUUGAAUGGAACAUUGGGGAUACUUACCCCGGAAAAUGUGCUGAACUCAAGAGAAGAGGAUGUGUCAAAAUGUCUUAAGAAGGUAGGGUUUCACAAUAAAAAACUGAAGUUUCUGUAUGAAAUCAGUCGAAAAGUGAAAGAUAAAAUGCCAGAAACCUUCGAAGAGCUUCUGAAACUUCCUGGCGUGGGAAAGAAGAUGGCAAAUCUGUAUUUGAACCAUGCGCUAGGUAGAAAUGAAGGAAUAUCAGUAGACACACAUGUUCAUAGAGUCUCAAAUAGAAUAGGAUUGGUGUGUACAAAGGAUCCGGAGCAUACAAGAAGGGCCCUAGAGAGCAUAUUCGACCGAGAUGAGUGGCCCGAAGUGAACCGGGUGUUCGUGGGGUUUGGGCAGAUGAUCUGCAAGGCAAUUAAGCCUAAGUGUGGGGAGUGUAGUGUGCAGGAUAGAUGUCCGUACUAUAAUAUGGUAAUCGCAUCAAAGAAUAACAAAGUCAAUAGCAAGGUAAAUGGCAGUAAUACUUCAAGCUAA